CUCACACGCAAAUUGAUGCUUGUUUACAAACAAAAUUUCCAAAUCGAAAUAAGUGUUCUUUAUGAGUUGGAAUUUUUAUCGCCGGUUUGAUUUUUGGGUAAUUUGUUAGUGCUAUGAUUAAAACGAAUGCCUUCAAGAAAGAUGUGAUGGAAGUAUGCCGAACCUGUAUGGCAGCAAAUCAGAACAAGCGCCAACGUAAGCAGAUUCCGAUUUUUUCCAUGCUGGAUGGUGCAGUCAUAGCGAACAUAAUUACGGAAUGCACCGCCGUUCAGAUUGACGAGAAUGAUGCCCUACCUGCGGUAAUUUGUACCGAAUGUUUUUCAACAUUGAAAUCGGUGAUCGCCUUUAUAAAAACCGCACGUAUUUCCGAUCGCGAGCUACGUAAGAUUGGCGAGCAAGAACAAGCCGCAGUAUGCAGUCAAAUAAAGGCAGAAAUAUCCGAGGAAAUCCACUUCCAUAACAUAAAAUGUGAACCCCUGGAGUCCUUGGUAGAUGGAACUGGUGAAGAUGCUGCUUCCGAGAGUGAUAAUGGUGUACCUGGCAAUGAUAGCGAUAGCGAUUGGAAAGCAAGCGAUGAAGAGUUGUUACGAUCGGUAAAGCGUACUAAGCUUGAAUCGAAAUCCAAGGCAAAACGUCGGAAAAGAGUUGAACGUCAACCGGUGCAAAGUGAAGACGAUUUGAAACUUAACGAAAAAGAGCAAGAAUGGUUCACGGUUAUUACAAUUGAUCCUGGCAAUCAUAUUUGCUGCGGUUGCUUACAGAUAUUCAAGACAGCCGAGGAGUUGGACACUCAUCGUAGCACAUCCCAUGUUUGGAAAAAUGAAAAAAUGCGAAAACCAAAUUCAAAACCGCUCUGCAACGGUUGCCUCCUCAGGUUCAAAUCAACGCAUAGUUUGAACUACCACAUUAAUCGUGUGCGACUUUUGAAAGUUAUUUGGGAAUGCAAAAAAUGCAAACUUCGUUUCAAAAUCGCCGGUACCCGGCGAAAGCAUCUCAGAGGACAUCGGGAUGACGAGCCUGUGGCUUUGAUAGCCCGGGUCAAAGAAACAACCAAACAAGAACUCGGUUGGGUCUGCUGUGGUACAAAGUGCAAAGAAUCGUUCACAACCGAGCAGGAUCUAAUGGCUCAUACGAAAGCAGCUCAUUGGAUCGAAAAGCAGGAAGCGGACCUGGAGUCUACUGAUAAGCCGGAACAGUGCCAGGUGUGCUACCGAAGAUUUGCGGACAGUAGAGGAUUGAUUGCCCAUCAGAAACGGAAAUACAAGCACAGAAAUCAGCAAUGUGCGCUAUGUGGACUGAAAUUUUUCGGUGCCUUCGAUCUACGCGCACACGAAGCAAUCGAACAUGGAGGUAGGGAAUACAAAUGUGACAUAUGCGAUAAGAAAUACAUCUCGAAGUUAACUUUGAUGCAGCAUGUCAAAACAAUUCACACGGAUGAGAAGCCCUAUCAGUGUGCCGUUUGCGGGAUGAGAUUUCGACUGAAGUAUGGAUUAAAAACUCACAUGUCCAAUCAUAUAGACAAUCCGCAGUACAAGUGUGAGGUUUGCUCGAAAAUGUUCAAAGCGAAACUACACCUACGCUAUCACAUGCGAACUCACACUGGAGAGCGACCGUACAAAUGUAGAUUUUGCAGCCACGCCUUUGCCAACCAUCCCAACUUCAGGAGACAUGAAAUGACUCAUACAGAUGAUAAACCCCAUAAGUGCUCACAUUGCGAAAAGUCUUUCAUUUUAAAACGCAUGCUAAAAGAGCAUGAAAGAACUCACAGUGGGCGUUGUGAAGAUAAGAAAGCACUUGCAACGACAAACCUAACCUCAACAAAAAAGGAGUUAAAAAAGACAACGCCGAUCAAAGAGCAUCGCAAUGAUUGAUAAGCAUCUGGCUCAAUAACUACAUAUUAUGAUGAUACCACAGACAAACAGACAUAACACUCGUCAAAUUUCCAUCGUUCAAUGAUUUACUGGUCGAUUCAAAUAAUCAUUAGUUGGCCAAACAAUCACUCGUGGCGUCGUUAGUGUUUGAAUGACGAUGAAUUUGAUGAGUGAAUGUUAAAUGUGUUGUCUGUUUGUCUGUGAUGAUACUGUGAUGACAAAGUGCUACGCAAAACAGUUUCACAAUAUAAAUAUGAAAUCAAAUAAAA